AUGUGGCGGGAUCGCACAAACCUCUACCUCUCCUACCGUCAAUCCCUAAUCCAUCACCCAGCCAAAAAGCCCACCUUCACAAAUGGCCUCUCGGAACCCUCCCACCCGGAAGAAAACCGCCGUCUCAUCGACGAUGAGGACGGCGACAUGGUCAUCGAAAUGGACCUCCUCCCACCCCGCUGGAUAGACGUCCAAGAAGAAGUCUCCGAGCUGCUCACGGAAAUCGCCCAAAACUCCUCCCAGCUAGACAAGCUGCACCAGAAACACCUCCUCCCGGGCUUUGGCGACGAAGACUUGCGCAAGCAGGACGAAGGCGUGAUCGAGCGCCUGACGCAGGAUGUCACGCGCGCCUUCCACGAGUGCCAGCGCUCGAUCCAGCGCAUCUCCAGUAUGGUCUCCGAGUCGAAGGAGCAGGGCACAGUAUCCAGUGGCGAGGAGACAAUGGCGAAGAAUAUCCAGAUAUCGCUUGCGGCGCGCGUGCAGGAGGCCAGUGCGCGGUUUCGGAAGAAGCAGAGUACUUAUUUGCGAAAAUUGAGGGACCUAGAGGGUAUAGCGACGCCGUUUGAUCGGGCGCCUACGCCAAUGCAGAAUCCGUACACGGAUCCGUCGCUGAUGGAGUCGGAUGCUGAUCGGUCCUUUUCGCAAACUAUGUUGCAGCAGACUUCGCAGAGGACGGGGUCGAACGAUGCAGCGAUUGCGCAGCGAGAGAGAGAAAUUAAUGAUAUUGCCAAGGGCAUUAUUGAGCUUUCAGAUAUUUUCCGCGAAUUGCAGGGUAUGAUCAUUGAUCAGGGGACUAUGCUUGAUCGGAUUGAUUACAAUGUUGAGCGGAUGGGCACUGAGGUCAAGGCAGCGGAUAAGGAACUCAAAGUGGCCACCGGUUACCAACGACGAACUACCAAACGCAAGAUUAUGCUACUGCUGCUCUUAGUCGUUGUAGGAAUGAUUAUUGUGCUGGUUGUAAAACCGAAAGGGAACAGUUCGCCGCCGCCGCCACCCCCUGAAGAUGAAUCUUCGAACAAUAUUCGCUCUGUGUUGUACCGCGGGCGGAGACACCAGUUGUCGAACCGAUUCGCUCGAGAUCGGUGGAUGGAUCCUGACAUAUUCCGAUGA